ACUGUUUUCGACCGUAGUAAUUUAUCGUAAACAUGGCGGUCGAAUGAAAGGUAUUCGUUACAACUCAUGAAUACAUGCAAGAGAUCUGUCUCGUUCGUCGAGAAUUUACAGCUCGAAAUUUCCGACAAUUUGAACAACGAAGCUUUGGUGCUAGCCGAUGUCGACAAUGAUGGUGAUAGUGAACUCGUAGUCGGACAAAUCAAUGGCGAAUUGUUGAUUUUCAAAGGAAGUUCUGUGAAACCUUACAGAUCAUGCCGUAAUCUGGGUAUGAUAACUUGUGUUGGAGUCGGAGAUUUGUGGAAUCGACGUGAAAACUACCUCUUCUGUAUAACAGUGGAAGGAUGGUGUCAUAUAUUCUUUAUCACUCCUGAGACAACCCAAGAGACUUUUAAACCAAUUUGUACCCUGCUCCUUCCUUCAAAUUGCAAAAUCAUUUUGUUGGCAGAUGUGGAAGGAGAUGGAAUGCUAGAACUUGUUACAGGUCAUGCAGAUAGAGCAGUGUAUAUCCAGAAACUGCAUGUUGUGAAAGAGGGUCAGGAACAAAGUGUUGUCCAUCAGCCAAGCACAGGUUUUGAUUCAUGAAUGAAUAUUAAUCACAAACAGACUGUUUCUUUCAAAGUUGAGGAAGUCCAUCACUGGACGAUUCCAAGACAGAUUGGUUCCCUUGUGGUCUUUGAUGUGGAGAGAACUAGAUAUCUUUUGGCCUCAUAUCCUGGAGGUUCUUAUGUCAUUUUGAAUUCAAGGAAUCUGAGCCAUCUGGAGAAAGAUGGUGAUGAGGUAUCAAGCUCCUCUUGCAAGUCCACUUUGAGACAAUUACCGCAUGUCUGGGGAAGAAGCAAAGACAUUCCUAUAAAUUUACUUACUCUUAAGUGUUGUGAUCCCAAUGCACCAGCUUCCUGUUCAGAGAAACACUUAGUGCUGUGUACACAAGAUGGUCAUGUGACUCUCCUACAUGGAAGUAAGCACCAGUGGUCCCUCCGUAUUGAUCAAGGCUUCUACAAUCUCUUUGCUCUGUCUAAGCUUGACAUUACAGGUGAUGGCAAUGAUGAAAUAGCUUUAUGCUCAUGGGAGGGGAACACUCACAUCAUUGAUCGUCUCAAGAAUGUGGUACAGUUCAGUUUUGGUGAAAAUGUAAUGGGUUUCUGCGCAGGGAGUUACGCUUUUUCACCAGGAAAGAACCUUCCUGCAUUGGUUUAUGCAACAUCAUCCAAUCGAGUGAUCAUUUAUUGGAAUGCACGGCAGUCCUCAAUGGUUCCCACUAAUCUUAGCCCUUUGACUCCUGGAUGAUUGCAUUAGAGAUGAUGAAACACAAGCUUUCAAUGAAGAGAGAUUUUAAUUGUGUGUAGUCUCGAUAGAAGUAGAAACAAGUGUGUUCUUUUCUAAGAAUAUCUGAUUAUGAUGACGUAAACAAAACUGUCAAUCAAAGCGUUAAAGAAAGGUACAGAACGCGUGACAACACCGUGACUUAAUAAAUGGCGCUUCCAACUCCCAAGAUCUGAUUGUUAAUUCUCCUCUCUAGCUAUUACACAUUUCCUUGUAAUUAGUGAUGAGAAUUUGG